CUGCCUCUCUAAACAGUUCACUGAAGUCCCACGCACACCGAAGAGAUAGGUUCUAAAACAAGGUGGAAGAAGAUUGACCGGAUAGACUCAUUGUAUGGACCAGGGUGAGGUGGCACAAUGUCUCCACCCCGCCUCACUGGCGCUCUGCGCUCCUUCUCAAAUGUCUGCAAGAAAGAGGACUUCAUUGAUGACGAGUAUGAGUUGAAGGCCAAACGUCAGAAGCGCCAGGAGCGCUUUGCCCAGGAGGGCCUGACCUGGCAGAAGCUGACGCAGUUCUUCACGCAGCACCUGGCCAAGCAGGAGCAGCAGGCUGCCCAACAGGAGCUCAAAGCUCUCCUACACGCCGCCAAGCAGAUCGUGGGUCCAGACCAUGGGCAGGACACCAUCGAGAGCGCGGCGGUCUUCCUGUUUGAGACACUGCUGUGCCGCGAGCACCUGGGCACGGAGGAGACGCGCGCCGUGCGCCAGAUGUUCGGCCCGUUCCCCGCCACCGCCGCCGAGGCCUCCCUGGCCGCCGUCACGCGCCUCACCGCCACCGCCGGCGAAACGCAGACCGAGGCCUUUGUACGCACCCAGAGUGCCAGCCGGAACGGCGGAGGCGCUGUAACGUUGGGACGCAGUUCCGGCUCCAGCGCCACAGCGUUCGGACGCAACAUCGCCUUCUCUCACGAAGGCUACACGCUGGACUGUCACGAGCCCCCGCCGUGGCUGGCCGGUACAGAUGACGAGGAGGUGCAGGGGGGGCUGGGAGGGUUCGAGGGGUUCCUCAACAACCACGUGGCCGGAGCCCGAGCCGGGGCUGCCUCCUCCUCCGCUGGAGCCCAGGCUGGGGCGGGGAGCAGAGGAGCGGCGGUGGGAGACGCGGGGGCCUGUGUACUCAGGGAGGAGGUGGAGAAGUACCAGAACGCGGGGAACAUGGUGAGCUCCAGCCCCGAGGAGCUGUGCACCUCCCUCUUCGAGAUGUUGGCCUCCACCAGGAGCGACGAGGAACUGCAGAACGAGCUGUUUGAGCUGCUGGGUGCGGAGGGCUUCGAGGUGAUCCUGACUCUGCUGCAGAAGAGGUCUGACAUCGUGGACUCCCUGCUGUCCAUGCCGGCCGAGAAACGAGUCAACUUCAUUCCAGAUACAUCAAGACGCAUUUCAGGAAAGGGCGGGCGGCCGGCAUACGGUUGCCAGGUUACCAUCCAGUCGGAGCAGGAGCGCCAGAUGAUGAAGCUGCAGCGGAGAGAGGAGAAGAGGGAGCGGCGACGCGACAGGCGCACCGAUGACGGACAGACCGACUACGCAGAGCCCGCCUUCGCCUUCGAACCCAAAGAGAUGAGACUGCAGAGGGAGCAGGCCUUGUUAACGGCGCGUCGAUCCCCCAUCCUGACCCGCCACCGUGAAUACGAGAGGAUUCGCUACCCGCACGUCUACGACUCAUUCGCCGAGGCCAUCAAAACAUCUGCCUUUGUGGGAGGAGCCAAGAUGAUGCUUCCGGACGGUAUUCGCCGUGACAACACAAAGAUGUACGAGGAGGUGGAGAUUCCUCCCACUGAGCCCAUGCCCAUCGGCUUCGAGGAGAAACCCGUCUACAUCACAGACCUGGACGAGAUUGGCCAGCUGGUGUUUAAGGGCAUGGAGCGGCUGAACCGCAUCCAGUCCAUCGUGUUCGAGACGGCCUACAACACCAACGAGAACCUGCUGAUCUGCGCCCCCACCGGCGCCGGCAAGACCAACAUCGCCAUGCUCACCGUGCUGCACGAGAUACGCCAGCACCUGCAGCCAGGGGGCGUCAUACGCAAGGACCAGUUCAAGAUAGUGUAUGUGGCCCCUAUGAAGGCUCUGGCUGCGGAGAUGACGAGCUACUUCAGUAAGCGUCUGGAGCCGCUGGGAAUCUCAGUCAAGGAGCUCACUGGAGACAUGCAGCUCACCAAGGGAGAGAUACUACGCACACAGAUGCUGGUGACGACGCCGGAGAAGUGGGACGUGGUGACGCGUAAGAGCGUGGGCGACGUGGCGCUGUCCCAAGUGGUACGCCUGCUCAUCCUGGACGAAGUGCACCUGCUGCACGAGGACAGAGGACCUGUGCUAGAGAGCCUGGUGGCACGCACACUACGACAGGUGGAGUCUACCCAGAGUAUGAUCCGUAUCCUGGGCCUGUCGGCCACGCUGCCUAACUACCUGGACGUGGCCUCCUUCCUGCACGUCAACCCCUACAUCGGUCUCUUCUUCUUCGACUCACGCUUCCGCCCCGUGCCCCUCGGACAGACCUUCAUCGGGGUCAAGACCACCAACAAGGUCCAGCAGCUGCAUGACAUGGAGGAAGUGUGUUAUGACAACGUGCUGAAACAGAUAAGAAAUGGACACCAGGUGAUGGUGUUUGUGCACGCGCGUAACUCCACGGUGCGGACAGCCAUGAACCUGAUCGAGAUGGCAAAGAACCGCGGAGAGGUGUCCUUCUUCCAGGUGGACCACGGGCCAGACUACGGACAGUGUGAGAAACAGAUCCAGCGUUCACGUAACAAGCAGAUGCGCGAGAUGUUCCCAGAGGGCUUUGGGAUCCACCAUGCGGGCAUGCUGCGUCAGGACCGCUCCCUCAUGGAGAACAUGUUCUCGCGCGGAUACCUCAAGGUGCUGGUGUGUACCGCCACCCUGGCCUGGGGAGUCAACCUGCCCGCUCACGCAGUCAUCAUCAAGGGCACUCAGAUCUACGAUGCCAAGCGCGGCGCCUUGGUUGACCUGGGCAUCCUGGACGUGAUGCAGAUCUUUGGGCGUGCCGGCCGUCCGCAGUUCGACAAGUACGGAGAGGGCACCAUCAUCACGGCCCACGAAAAGCUGAGCCACUACCUCACGCUGCUCACCCAGCAGAACCCCAUCGAGUCGCAGUUCCUACAGAGCCUGGCAGACAACCUCAACGCAGAGGUUGCCUUGGGGACGGUGACUAACGUGGAAGAGGCAGUGAAGUGGCUGAGCUACACCUACCUGUUUGUGCGCAUGAGGGCCAACCCCCUGGCCUAUGGCAUCAACUACAAGGCCAUCCAGAUGGACCCUGGUCUGGAGAUGUAUCGUCAGGAGUUGGUGGUGGAGGCUGGUCGGCGGCUGGACAAGGCUCGCAUGAUCCGCUUCGAGGAGCGCACUGGAUACUUCCACUCCACAGACCUGGGACGCACCGCCAGCCACUUCUAUAUCAAGUACAACACCAUAGAGACGUUUAAUGAGCUCUUCAGUGCCCAGAAGACAGAAGCGGACAUCCUGAGCAUUGUGUCCAGAGCUGAGGAGUUUGAGCAGGUCAAGGUACGAGAUGAGGAGAUGGAGGAGCUGGAGCGUCUGCUGUGUGACUUCUGUGCGCUGCCGGCAGCUGGAGGCGUGGAGAACGGCUACGGCAAAAUCAACAUCCUGCUGCAGACAUACAUCGGGCGAGGAGAGGUGGACAGCUUCUCCCUCAUAUCAGACCUCUCCUACGUGGCACAGAACGCAGCGCGUAUUGUGCGAGCGCUGUUUGAGAUCGCCCUGCGCAAGCGCUGGCCAGCCAUGACCUAUCGCCUGCUGAACCUCUGCAAGGUGAUUGACAAGCGUCUGUGGGGCUGGGCGCACCCCUUGCGGCAGUUCCACACACUGCCCCCCACCGUGGUGCAGCGUCUGGAGGAUAGGAACCUCAGCCUGGACAAACUCAAGGACAUGAGCAAAGACGAAAUCGGUCACAUGGUGCACCACGUGAACAUCGGCCAGAAGGUGAAGCAAGCGGUGCACCAGGUGCCCUCCAUCCAGCUGGAGGCCAGCAUCCAGCCAAUCACGCGCACCGUGCUCCGCGUGCGCCUCUCUGUCACCCCCGACUUCCGCUGGAACGACCAGGUGCAUGGGUCAGUGGGGGAGCCGUGGUGGCUGUGGGUGGAGGACCCCAUCAACGACCACAUCUACCACUCCGAGUACUUCCUCCUGCAGAAGAAGCAGGUGGUGACGGAUGAGCCGCUGCAGGUGGUAUUCACCAUCCCCAUCUUCGAGCCCAUGCCCUCCCAGUACUACAUCAGGGCCGUCUCUGACCGCUGGCUGGGCUCAGAGGCCGUCUGCGUCAUCAACUUCCAACACCUCAUCCUACCUGAGAGACACCCGCCGCACACAGAGCUGCUGGACCUCCAGCCCCUCCCCGUGACGGCGCUGGGCAACCGCGAGUACGAGAGCCUGUACAAGUUCAGCCACUUCAACCCCAUCCAGACGCAGAUCUUCCACACGCUCUACCACACCGACACCAACGUGCUGCUGGGCGCGCCCACGGGCUCGGGCAAGACCAUCGCCGCCGAGAUGGCCAUCUUCCGCGUCUUCAACAAGUACCCCGGGUCCAAAGUGGUCUACAUCGCCCCGCUGAAGGCUCUGGUCCGCGAGAGGAUCGAGGACUGGAAGAUACGCAUCGAGGAGAAACUGGGCCGCAAGGUGGUAGAGUUGACGGGUGACCAUACUCCUGACAUGCGUGCGAUCGCCAAAGCCGACCUGAUCGUGACCACGCCAGAGAAAUGGGACGGAGUCAGCCGCAGCUGGCAAAACCGCAGCUACGUGCAGAAAGUGGCCAUCCUCAUCAUCGACGAGAUACACCUGCUGGGGGAGGACCGAGGCCCCGUGCUGGAGGUGAUCGUGUCCAGGACCAACUUCAUCUCCUCCCACACCUCCAAGCCGGUGCGGGUGGUGGGACUGUCCACGGCGCUGGCCAACGCCCGAGAUCUGGCAGACUGGCUGGGCAUCAAGCAGGCGGGCCUGUUUAAUUUCCGUCCCUCUGUGCGCCCGGUGCCGCUGGAGGUCCAUAUCCAGGGCUUCCCCGGCCAGCACUACUGCCCGCGCAUGGCCAGCAUGAACAAGCCCGUCUUCCAAGCCAUCCGAAGUCACUCUCCAGCCAAGCCUGUCCUGAUCUUCGUGUCGUCACGACGACAGACGCGUCUGACCGCUCUGGACCUGAUGGCCUUCCUGGCCACUGAGGAUGACCCCAAGCAAUGGCUACACCAGGACGAGAGAGAGAUGACUGACAUCAU